AUGAGUGCAUUUGCAGCAUUGAAGAGCUCGGAUUCUAUGGUCUCGAUAUUGCAGGAUGAUGUCGACGACUCUGACCAGAUUAUAGGCUACCUGAAAAACACUUCUGAUGAAGAUAUAGAUGAAGAUGUAGAUGAAGAGGAUGUAAUAAGGGAAAGUACAAGAUCCAACCCAUUGCCCACUGUCUCUCCAGUGCCACAGUUCAAGAGACCAGGUGGAUUUUUACCAAUUUUUGAAUCUAAUUUUACUCCAAAUGAAGAUAACUUCCUUGUAAAUAAUAGUGGUAGAGAAAUAAUCAUUGGAUUAAAACAAGGGGAAUAUUUGGUAGUAAAUGGACAAGCAGACCUAAAGAUACAAAGAGGAGCCAUACUUAUAAAUAACUGCCAUUAUCAUUACGCACAUCCGGAUCAUAGUUAUCAAAUUAUAGCUUCGCAAUCCCAGUCCCUUCCCAUAAUAGCAAGUGCCCAAGUGUUGGACCGAUCUUGUGGCAUUUUGGAUUCAAAAACUGUAGACAAUGAGCACCUUUUCCACAGUGAUUACAAAAGUGUGAUAACGUUGUCAAUCUUGGAAACAGGACUAGAAGAUAUAGGAAAAUACUGCCCACCGUUAAAGAGAUUUUUUUAUAAUAAGAAUGACGAGGAACAAGUACAGCUGGAAUCUUCUAUCUCUUUCAUGAAUCAUCCAGAUGCUGGGUAUUUGCGAAGUUUUUCAUUUGAAAUUGUGCUCGAAAACAAGGGAAUGACUGGGUUAAGUCUAGAUAGGAGUUGGGUGAAUAAAAUUAAAGAGUUGAGCAGAUAUGACGAAAACGAUACUACAGCUACCAUUACAUUGGUGAUUGGAAAUAAGAAUAGUGGUAAGUCUACAUUCAGUAAAUCACUUUUGAAUAAUUUCUUUGUCGAUGGGAAUAGAGAAGUGUCUUACCUUGACCUAGACCCCGGUCAAUCCGAGUUUUCAGAUCCUUACUGUUUAUCUAUUAGCAGUUAUAAGAGACCAAUCUUUGGUAUAAAUAUUGAGAAAGGUAAUAAACAUGGCUUGACGGAAUAUUAUGGAUUCACGUCGCCACAACUGCAACCCAAUUUAUAUCUUGCAAUAAUUAAAAAGCUUUUCAGAUUUUACCAGGAGAAUCAAAGCGGAAACCACUUAAUAAUCAACACACCUGGUUGGAUCAAAGGUUUGGGAAAGGAGCUCUUGGAAAGUAUUACGACUUAUAUCAACCCAACACAUCUCGUCUAUCUCAAUGGGCUGGGGAUACUUCUAGAGAGCAAUGUGGAAGCUGAUGCUACUUUAGAAGGAUUGGCAUUCCAAAAUUUGCAUGUUUUGCCAGGAAUGUAUCAGGUUUCCAAAUAUUCGCCAGCACAGUUGAGAACGUUCAACAAAUUAAUAUACUUCCAUAAAAAUGAAUCAACUACUUCACCGUCGUAUAACUUUAACACUCAUCUACUCCAUACACCACCCAUAAAAAUCUCCUAUCAAACUGAUCCCAAUGACCAUAACUUCUUAGGGGUAAAUGCGGUCUCUGUGAGUAAUUUUGAUGUUUCCCUUCAAUUUGAUCACAAGGAUUUACUUCUUAUGGUUGAUUCAUCUAUUGCUGGUAUUUACUUAAUUGAAAAUGAACAGUUUUUCUCUAACAAAUUCCAACUGGGUGCAAAGUUGCCUUUGUAUAUAAACUCGACGGAUUUCUUUAACGAAACGGUGAGCCACGGGUCAUACAUGUUUAUGGGAUUGUGCAUGAUCCACAGUGUGAACAAGGGAAAGCAGUAUUUCAACGUGUAUUUCCCUGAUGGCAGAGUGGUCCUCAAGUUGAAGGAAAUGAUAAAAGUUGGAGGGUACAAACUAGUAUUAGUGAAGGGAGAUGGAGACAUUCCAAGCCAAGAAAUACUUAUGCCAGAAUUGGUUCAACAACAAGUUAGUAACUUGAAGAAAUUAAAGAAAAAUACUUCGAACGUUCAAGACAUGAAAAAGAUGCCAUAUGUCAGUUUUAUCAGUGGUAAUAAAGUCGGAGGAGUUUGGAAGAUCAGAAGAAAUAUCAUGAGAAGAAGUCAUAGACAACAGCGGUGA